GUCCUCUUCCACUCUUCUUUCUUUCUUUCUCAGACUUUACCAAACUUCUGUAAAUUCCCAAUCAUUUCCUCGUCUCUGUUCAUUUGCCCCCCGGUAAAAUUCUUCUUCCUGCAACUCCAAUCAAAUCAACUUUUCUCAGUCGCCAGAAAAUCUGAUCAUAUAUAUAUACUCACUGCGCAGUUCAGAAACUCGCCGACCUCCGAGCCAGAAUAAAUUUGCAUAUUUCCCCCCUCCCGUCAGAGAUUCCGGAAUCGGAUGCGUCUAGAGGCCGGGAAUCGGCGGAAGAAACAAGGCGCGAGGAAGUGAAAGAUGGUGGUGAGGAAGGUUGGGAAGUAUGAAGUGGGGAGGACGAUUGGGGAAGGAACAUUCGCGAAGGUCAAGUUCGCUCAGAACACGGAGACCGGCGAGAGCGUCGCCAUGAAAGUCAUCGAUCGCAGCGCCAUCAUCAAGCACAAGAUGGUCGACCAGAUUAAGAGAGAGAUAUCAAUUAUGAAGCUUGUCCGGCAUCCGUAUGUUGUUCGAUUACACGAGGUAAUUGCAAGCCGUACCAAGAUAUACAUCAUCUUGGAAUUCAUAACAGGGGGUGAACUUUUUGACAAAAUAAUUCACCAGGGACGAUUAAGCGAAGCAGAGUCUCGGAGAUACUUCCAACAGCUCAUUGAUGGUGUGGAUUAUUGUCAUAGUAAGGGUGUUUAUCAUAGAGAUUUAAAGCCUGAAAAUCUUCUGCUAGAUUCCCAAGGAAAUUUGAAAAUUUCAGAUUUUGGACUCAGUGCAUCUCCUGAUCCAGGUGUUUCCCUUCUUAAGACUACAUGUGGAACCCCUAACUAUGUUGCACCUGAGGUUCUCAGCCAUAAAGGUUAUGAUGGGGCAUUGGCGGAUGUGUGGUCUUGUGGUGUGAUUCUUUAUGUUCUGAUGGCAGGUUAUCUACCAUUCGAUGAUGUUGAUCUCACUACUUUGUAUGGCAAGAUUGAGAGAGCAGAAUUUUCUUGCCCAUCACGGUUCCCAGUCGGAGCAAAAUCUUUGAUUCAUAAGAUUUUAGACCCUAAUCCUGAAACACGCAUCAGGAUUGGAGACAUCAGGAAUGAUGAUUGGUUUAAGAAGGGUUAUGUUCCAGCAAACAUCAUAGAGUACGAGGAUGUUAAUUUAGAUGACAUUAAUGCAGCUUUUGAUGAUAGUGAGGAAGAAGGGCUCAAUGAGCAAUGCAACAAUGAAGAUUUUGGACCUCUAGCUCUCAAUGCAUUUGACCUAAUUAUCCUCUCUGAAGGAUUUAACCUUUCAGUCUUGUUUGAUCCUAAGCUGGAUUCAGCAAAUCACCAAACACGCUUUCUUACACAAAAACCUGCAAAGGUUGCCUUAUCAACUAUGGAAGUCGUUGCCCAGUCAAUGGGGUUCAAGACACACAUCCGUAACUAUAAGAUGAGGGUCGAAGGUCUAUCCGCCAAUAAGAUAUCACGCUUCUCAGUAAUUUUGGAGAUUUUCCAAGUAGCUCCAACAUUUUUCAUGGUGGACAUUCAGAAAGCAUCUGGAGAUCAUACUGAAUAUGACAAGUUUUACAAGAACUUUUGUGGCAAUCUUGAGGAUCUGAUUUGGAAACCGCGCGAUGAACAGAGUAAAUCAAGACUUACAAAAACAAAGAGUAAAAAACGCUGAUUUUCCUUCCAUGUAUCAAAAUCAUAUAUGUACUGUGCUUUAUAGUCUAAUAAUUCCAUUGGGCUUCGAACGGAUUCAUGGGUGGUGGUGGUGGUGCUGCAUUACCAGUGUUCUUGAAGCACAUUCAGUCGCGAUCUCAGCCCUUCAUUUGAGCUGUGAUUCGCUGGCGUGCAUCAAUAACACUGGUUCUGUAACCGCACUGAAUCCCAACUUACUCCCUAGUUUUCUUUGUCCCCCUACCCCCCCCCCCCCGACACUUGUAUGACACUCUGGUCUGUCUGUACAUUGUUGUAUAUGCGAAGCUAUGCAAAAGGGUGCAUCCUUGCACUCUUACAUGUGUAUGUAAUUUGUAUCUUACAUGUGUGUAAUAUGUAUCUCUAAACUUUGUCGU